AUGGUGACACGAGUUGAUAAAUCUAUUUUGUGGAUGACGGUUAAAUGCAAUGCGCAGACGACAAAUGGUUGUGAAACUUUCUGCUUUCACUCACUCAUCCUUCUCUCUCAUUCAUUUACUUUUUCUUUCUUUCUCGCUCACGCACUCUCACUCCCCCUUUCUCAUUCUCUCUCAUUGAUUUUUCUCUCUUUCUCAUCCACUCACUCACUCUCUCUCUCAUUCUUCUCUCUCAUUCAUUUUACUUUAUCUCUCUUUCUCAUUCACUCAUUCUCUUUCUCUCGUUUUCUCUUUCAACCCUCUCUCUCAUGCAUUUACUUUCUCUUCUUCAUUCUCUCACCCUUAUCUUUCAUUUACUUUUCUCAAUCAUUCUCUCUCUCUCUCUCUCUCUCACUCAUCCGUUUCUCUCGUUCAUUUUCUUCUCGCUUUUUCAUUCAUUUUCUCUCUUUCAGCCUUCUCUCUCAAUUAUUUAUUUUUUUCUCUUUCUCUCUCUCUCUCUCUCUCUCUCUCUCUUACUCACUCUUCCUUUUCUCUCAUUCAUUUACUUCAUAUCUCUUUUUCACUUAUUCACACUAUCUCGUUCUCUCCCCUAUUCAUUUACUUUUUCUCUCUUUCUCUAUUACUCACUCUGUCACUCACCCAUUUUAUCACAUUCAUUUACUUUAUCUCUCUUUCUCACUCGCUCACUCUCUCUCAUCCUCUAUUUCAUUCAUUUACAUUAUCUCUCUUUUCACUCUCUCUCACUCUCUCUCUCUCUCUCACUCAUCUUUCUCACUCAUCCAUAAACUCUAUAUCUCUUUCUCAUCCAUAAACGUUCUAUAUUUAUUUUUCUCUUUCUCAUCCACUUCUCUCGUUCUCAUUCAUUUUAUCUCUUUUGUCUCUUUCUCUCAAUCCUUCUCUCUCAUUCAUUUCUCUCUCUCUCUCGUUGUCUCUCAUUCAUUUAUUUUAUCUCUCUCUCUCAUUCACUCACCUUCUCUCUCACUGAUCCUUCUCUCUCAUUCAUUUACUUUAUCUCUCUUUCUCACUCACCUACUCUCAGUCAUCCUUCUCUCUUAUUCAUUUAUUUUAUCUCUCUCUCUCUCAUUCACUCAGAUUCUCUCUCAUUUAUUUAUUUUAUCUCUCUUUUUCACUCACUCUCCAUCUCACCCAUGCUUCUCUCUCAUUCAUUUUCUUCAUCUCACUUUCUCACUCACUCACUCUCUCUCACUCAUCCUACUCUCUCAUUCAUUUAUUUAA